AUGGAGCAUUUGGAAGGCGCCCACACCCGCCCUGUCUACGAGAAUAUAUCUAUCGAAGAAAUGAAAUCGAUUCUCAAGCUGUACACUAACAUUCAAAAGAGCUGUGCUAAAAUACCUGAUGAUGUUUGCGCCCGACUGAACACUAAUGUCUUCGAACUACUCUCAACAACGACGCUGAGCUUGGAGACACUCACUCAACGACUCAAUCGUAUGGCACUUUGGGCACCGGAAAUGACGUCAGCGCUUCGGGAACUCGUCCAGCUUCUUCCACAUAUCGUGGAUCACACAAUGAUCAGGCGCCUACAUUCAGAAUGUCCGUUCCACCAUCUUCUCGUACAUGGUGACUUGUAUUCCAGCAACAUCCUCUGGCAGAAUGGCAUCGUUAAAGCUGUAAUUGAUUACCAGAUGGUACACUAUGGUAAUCCUGUUGAGGACCUUGUUCGUUUGUUCACCACAGGACUCACAGUGUCUGAGAGAAAAGCUCAUACCGUUGAACUUCUUGAGUAUUACCAGAGUCAGAUAACGUCAGUGAUACCAGAACUAGAAGGGAGCUUAACGGUGGACUGGCUCUUGUCGUGCUACAAAAGAAUCUUCCCGAUGGCUGGUCUAUGGGCAAUGGUAAGCCUUCACGCGUCAUUCGAAUCGGCCACUUCGCAAGCACCACCGGAUAGCAUCAAGCUGAAGACGGUUGUCGAGAAAAUCCACGGAAUCGCCACCGAAAUCCUUGAAAUGUCCUGUUGA